AUGCGGUCUUUCGCCCCUCUGGUUCUGAGCCUUCUGGGCGCCACCGCCGUCUCCGCUGCGGAUGCUGACGCGGCCGACUCCAACGUCAUCUCACUGACCACAGAUACCUUUGAUGACUUCGUCAAGGAGCAUGAUCUGGUUCUUGCCGAAUUCUUUGCUCCGUGGUGUGGUCACUGCAAAGCUCUGGCACCCAAGUACGAAGAGGCUGCCACCGAAUUGAAGAGCAAGGAUAUUCCCCUGGUCAAGGUGGACUGCACUGCGGAGGAGGAGCUGUGCCGCAACUACGAAGUUGAUGGCUACCCUACCCUGAAGGUCUUCCGUGGACCUAGCUCUCACAAGCCCUACGGCGGUGCCCGUCAAACAGACUCGAUUGUCUCAUACAUGACCAAGCAAUCGAUGCCCGCCGUUUCCAGCGUUGACGAGGACAACUUGGAGGAUUUCAAGACCCUGGAUAAGAUUGUUAUCAUUGGUUACGUUGGCUCUGACGACAAGAGCUCCAACAAGAGCUUCACUGCUUUCGCCGAGGCCCAGCGCGAUAACUACCUCUUCGGUGCCUCUAGCGACGCUGAGCUUGCCAAGUCCCAGGAUGCCAAGCAGCCCUCCAUCGUCCUCUACAAGGAUUUUGAUGAGAAGAAGGAUGUCUACGAGGGCAAGUUUGACGAGGAAUCCAUUCUGGAGUGGAUUAAGGUCGCCAGCACUCCCCUUGUUGGUGAGCUCGGUCCUGAGACCUACUCCAAGUACAUGGCGGCUGGUCUUCCCUUGGCCUACAUUUUCGCUGAGACCGCCGAGGAGCGUGAGAAGUUCGCGGGGGAGUUCCGUCCCAUCGCUGCUAAGCACCGCGGCGAGAUCAACAUUGUCACCCUCGAUGCCAAGCUCUUUGGUGCUCACGCCGGCAACCUGAACCUGAAGCCCGAGACCUUCCCCGCUUUCGCUAUUCAGGAGACCACCAAGAACGCCAAGUACCCCUACGACCAGUCCAAGGAGCUUGAUGCCAAGGAGGUUGGCAAGUUCAUCCAGGAUGUUAUUGACGGCAAGGUUGAUGCCAGCAUUAAGUCUGAGCCUAUUCCCGAGACCCAGGAGGGCGCUACCACCGUGGUUGUUGGUCACACCUACCAGGACAUUGUCUUUGACAACGAGAAGGAUGUUCUCCUUGAGUUCUACGCCCCCUGGUGUGGUCACUGCAAGGCUCUCGCCCCCAAGUACGAUGAGCUCGCCGCUCUGUAUGCCGAUGUUGCCGAGUACAAGGACAAGGUCGUUGUGGCUAAGAUUGAUGCUACCGCUAACGAUGUUCCUGAUUCCAUCACUGGCUUCCCUACCAUCAAGCUCUUCCCCGCCGGAAAGAAGGAUGAGCCCGUUGAGUACGAGGGCUCUCGCACAGUUGAGGACCUUGUUUCCUUCAUCAAGGAGCACGGAAAGUACCAGAUUGACGGCCUUGCCGAGGGUACCAAGGUCGAGGAGGCCGAUGAGACUGCCCCCGCUGACACCGAGGAGGCUGCUGAGACACCGGCUCCUGCUGAGGAUGUUCACGAUGAGCUGUAA